AUGACGUCCACAGCCGUCUCUGCAGAUUUCCACAGCACCUUUCAAGCCGAUAAGCGAGCCACUCCUCCUUCGCUCACGGACAUCACCACCCGUCUUCACGCUCUUCGAGCGGGACUGAAUGAAAAUCUGGCGUUUCUCCCUGCGUACGAUAGGCGGAGCUGUGAGCUGCAGCAGCUGAAAGAGCUCGAGUCGAAGCUAUCGCAACUCAGGUCUAAGGACAAGCCGAAGUCACGGUUCGCAUUCUCAGCCGGGAAAUCGAAAGCGGCGCCGGUCAAGGCAGAAGGGGAGGCACCGACUCCCGGUUCUUCGGCAUCGGCACCGUCAGCUCCUACACCUAAACAGUCCACUCUGCCGGUAUCAGCAAACGCAGCUACGGCUGCCGGUCCCGUUCAUGUUAUCUCGAAUCUCUCCAGUCAGCUCGUGCGAGCCCCCUCGGACGUCGAAGGUGGAUACACAAUUACCCUCGAGUCGCUCUCGUCCUGUAUAAUUGAUCUUCGACCGCCUCCGCAAACCUCAGGAACCAGCGGAAGGAACGCCACUCCUCCCUCGACAGCGCAAGCAACGUCAAUCCAUGCCAAGAGCCUUCGGCGGUGCGUGCUGCUCGUACCCGUGAUGGAAGGGAGUGCAAUCAUGGAAGGCCUGGAAGACUGCUUGGUCAUUCUUGGAGCGCAGCAGUUCCGUAUACAUUCUUCUCGAAGUACGACUAUCCUCCUCCACGUACCCUCAACGCCUAUCAUCGAACACUGCUCGGCGCUCGCUUUUGGGCCUUACCCGUUGUUCCUGCAACAACCAGAAUAUACCAGCAAGCAUCACGAUGUGCAGGACUUUGAUUGGGUCCGGGAAGGCAAAUCUCCAAAUUGGGCCGUGCUAGACCCUUCCAAUGAGGCCUUUGCGGAGCGAGACGCCGAAGCGAUCAGCGGUCUGGGAGAUGGGGAUGGCGAUGCAUCUUGA